CUCUCCAACUUCGCUAGCUACAUCGCCAACCUACUACUCACAUAACUUCCAUUUCACCACAAGAAACGCCGCCUUUUAUUAUCCCUUAGCUCCGACGAAUAAACUUUCAUCUUCAAAAAUGUCUCCUCAAGAUUUCUCUCUUCUCUUUCUUCCUAAUUCCGCCCUUUCCUCCGCUGUUCUCAGUUUUCCCCUCCUCGCCUGUUUCUUCUCCCUUCUCGCCGUCGUGGCCUUCUGGCUCCGCCCCGGCGGACUCGCCUGGGCUCUCUCCAAUGUCCAUCUUCGCAACCGGACCGCCAUUCCCGGCCCUCACGGCCUGCCCCUCUUGGGUAUGGUUAUGUCAUUUACCGGUCCUCUCACUCACAGAGUCCUCCAGAGGCUCGCGAAAGCCUUAAAGGCCGAGUCUUUAAUGGCGUUCUCUGUGGGUUUUACUCGUUUCAUCAUCUCCAGUGACCCGGACACUGCUAAGGAGAUUCUUGGCAGCCCUGCUUUCGCUGAUAGGCCGGUGAAGGAGUCGGCCUAUGAGCUGCUGUUCCACAAGGCCAUGGGGUUUGCUCCCUACGGAGAUUACUGGAGGAAUCUGAGGAGAAUCUCCGCCACCCAUUUGUUCUGUCCGAGGAGGAUAGCCUCCUUUGGGGCGUACAGAAACGAAAUCGGGAUGAAAAUGGUGGAUGAGAUAAAGGGUGUGAUGGAGAAAGAAGGAGAGGUUAAAGUCAAGAAAGUCCUCCACUUUGCCUCUCUCAACAAUGUGAUGAAGACCGUGUUUGGGAGAUGCUAUGAUUUCACUACCCAGAAGGGCUCAGUGCUCGAGGAGCUUGUCAGUGAAGGGUAUGACCUUCUUGGGACCUUCAACUGGACUGACCAUUUCCCUGUACUAGGGUGGUUUGAUUUGCAGGGCGUGAGAAGAAGAUGCAGAGACUUGGUGGCGAAAGUUAAUGUCUUUGUCGGAGACAUCAUCGACGACCACCGUACUCGAAGGUCCCAGAAUCAACAACUUACUAAACCAGACGACUUCUCCGGGGACUUCGUCGAUGUUCUUUUGGAUAUGGAGAAUGAGAACAAGCUCAGUGCCUCUGAAAUGACUGCUGUCCUCUGGGAAAUGUUGUUCAGGGGAACUGAUACCGUGGCAAUUUUGCUGGAAUGGAUUCUUGCGAGAAUGGUUGUUCAUCCGGAGAUUCAGGCGAGGGCACAGGCGGAGAUUGACAACGUUGUUGGUCGGAACAGGGCGGUGUCGGAUUCCGACCUUCCAAAUCUGCCAUAUCUGAACGCCAUUGUGAAGGAGACUCUGAGGGUGCACCCGCCGGGGCCGCUGCUGUCGUGGGCGAGGCUGGCCGUCGAGGACACUCACGUCGGCGAGCACUUCAUCCCGGCGGGGACGACGGCCAUGGUGAACAUGUACGCCAUCACCCACGACGAGAGGAUCUGGUCGGAGCCGGAGAAGUUCAUGCCGGAGAGGUUCUUGGAGGAAGACGUGCCCAUUAUGGGCUCUGACCUGAGGCUGGCCCCGUUCGGCUCCGGCCGCCGCGUCUGCCCCGGCAAGGCGAUGGGUUACGCCACCGUGCAGCUCUGGCUGGCUCAGCUGCUCCAGAACUUCAAGUGGGAGGCGUCUGGGGAGAAAGGGUUGGACUUGUCUGAGGUUCUUAAGCUGUCCAUGGAGAUGAAGCAGCCUCUGGCCUGCAAAGCGGUGGCUAGGGUUUUCUGAAGGAAGAAGAUGAAGAAGGGUGUGGGGCGCUGCAAUGGCGUUUGAUCUCAAUUUUGAAAGACAACUAACAUGGGAGAUCAUCAAUCAAUCCAAGCUAGGAAGAAUGUUGGCUGGCUAUAUAUAUUAUAUAUAUAAUAAGUAUUGUAUUUGUUUCUAGUUUGAUUUGUUUCCUUGUUUAGGGUUAGUGCCCUAGUGUUCUUAUUUCUAGUAAUGUAUUUGGGGGUUUUCUAGUUUGGGUUAAUUGGCAUGGUAGAAGAAGCUUAGCUUCAUGCAUUGUAAACAGCUUGUAUUUUGCAAUUAUUAUCCAAGCAUGUUAUCAGUGUAUUCACAUGA